AUGUUCAAGCAAGAGUACAGCCCUGACUGCUGUUACCCGGAUGAGCCUGUGUUAUCAGCUUUUACAGGUUGUUAUCCAGGGAUAACAGACCUCGGAAUGCUGCGACUGACCAAUCAGAAUCAAUCACCACCCGAGCUCCGCCCAUCGUCCCACUCUCCUUCCGUCAACACCCGAGCUCCGCCCACCGUCCCACUCUCCUUCCGUCAACACCCGAGCACCGCCCACCGUCCCACUCUCCUUCCGUCAACACCCGAGCUCCGCCCACCGUCCCACUCUCCUUCCGUCAACACCCGAGCUCCGCCCACCGUCCCACUCUCCUUCCGUCAACACCCGAGCUCCGCCAACCGUCCCACUCUCCUUCAGUCAACACCCGAGCACCGCCCACCGUCCCACUCUCCUUCAGUCAACACCCGAGCUCCGCCCACCGUCCCACUCUCCUUCCGUCAACACCCGAGCUCCGCCCAACGUCCCACUCUCCUUCCGUCAACACCCGAGCUCCGCCCACCGUCCCACUCUCCUUCCGUCAACACCCGAGCUCCGCCCACCGUCCCACUCUCCUUCCGUCAACACCCGAGCUCCGCCCACCGUCCCACUCUCCUUCCGUCAACACCCGAGCUCCGCCCAACGUCCCACUCUCCUUCCGUCAACACCCGAGCACCGCCCACCGUCCCAUCAACACCCGAGCUCCGCCCACCGUCCCACUCUCCUUCCGUCAACACCCGAGCUCUGCCCACCGUCCCACUCUCCUUCCGUCAACACCCGAGCUCCGCCCACCGUCCCACUCUCUUUCCGUCACCACCCGAGCACCGCCAACCGUCCCACUCUCUUUCCGUCACCACCCGAGCACCGCCCACCGUCCCACUCUCCUUCAGUCAACACCCGAGCACCGCCCACCGUCCCACUCUCCUUCAGUCAACACCCGAGCACCGCCCACCGUCCCACUCUCCUUCAGUCAACACCCGAGCACCGCCCACCGUCCCACUCUCCUUCAGUCAACACCCGAGCACCGCCCACCGUCCCACUCUCCUUCCAUCAACACCCGAGCUCCGCCCACCGUCCCACUCUCCUUCCGUCAACACCCGAGCACCGCCCACCGUCCCACUCUCCUUCCGUCAACACCCGAGCACCGCCCACCGUCCCACUCUCCUUCCGUCAACACCCGAGCACCGCCCACCGUCCCACUCUCCUUCCGUCAACACCCGAGCUCCGCCCACCGUCCCACUCUCCUUCCGUCAACACCCGAGCACCGCCCACCGUCCCACUCUCCUUCAGUCAACACCCGAGCUCCGCCCACCGUCCCACUCUUCUUCCGUCAACACCCGAGCUCCGCCCACCGUCCCACUCUCCUUCCGUCAACACCCAAGCUCCGCCCACCGUCCCACUCUCUUUCCGUCACCACCCGAGCACCGCCAACCGUCCCACUCUCUUUCCUCAACACCCGAGCACCGCCCACCGUCCCACUCUCCUUCAGUCAACACCCGAGCACCGCCCACCGUCCCACUCUCCUUCAGUCAACACCCGAGCACCGCCCACCGUCCCACUCUCCUUCAGUCAACACCCGAGCACCGCCCACCGUCCCACUCUCCUUCCAUCAACACCCGAGCUCCGCCCACCGUCCCACUCUCCUUCCGUCAACACCCAAGCACCCGAGCACCGCCCACCGUCCCACUCUCCUUCCGUCAACACCCAAGCACCCGAGCACCGCCCACCGUCCCACUCUACUUCAGUCAACACCCGAGCACCGCCCACCGUCCCACUCUCCUUCAGUCAACACCCGAGCACCGCCCACCGUCCCACUCUCCUUCAGUCAACACCCGAGCACCGCCCACCGUCCCACUCUCCUUCCAUCAACACCCGAGCUCCGCCCACCGUCCCACUCUCCUUCCGUCAACACCCGAGCACCGCCCACCGUCCCACUCUCCUUCCAUCAACACCCAAGCACCCGAGCACCGCCCACCGUCCCACUCUCCUUCCGUCAACACCCGAGCUCCGCCCACCGUCCCACUCUCCUUCCGUCAACACCCGAGCUCCGCCCACCAUCCCACUCUCCUUCCGUCAACACCCAAGCACCCGAGCUCCGCCCACCGUCCCACUCUCCUUCCGUCAACACCCGAGCACCGCCCACCGUUCCAGUCUCCAGACUACAUCACGUCCAUACCAUUGCUGACCAUGUCUGUCCGUGUACCAGCACUUCAGGAAAUGGCUCGUAACAAAGAGAAGCGUCCAGGGGGCCGAUACGUGAUGAAGGAGAGCACACGUUAUGGAGGACGUGUAGAUCGUGGUGAAUGA